AUGACCAGCAUUCUGAGACAAGUAGCAAGGAGAGGGAUAAUCCCUUCAACCUAUGUGCGGCCUUUACGGCAUUUCCAUGCACGCGCUACUGAGUUCCUCCAGAGCCAAGACCCAGAUCUCUCUGACUCCCAGCGAACGGUUCGAGAAUCAAUUGCUAAGAUUUGUUCCGAUUUCCCAGACGAGUAUUGGGCCCGCGUGGACCAGUCGCAUGCCUUCCCAACAGAGUUUUGUAAUGCGAUCGCACAACAAGGCUGGUUGGGGAUCUGUUUACCGCAGCGGUAUGGCGGAUCUGAAUUGGGGAUCUCAGAGGCAGCAGUGAUGAUGCAGACCAUUUCAGAGUCUGGGGCCGGAAUGACAGGAGCCUCCUCCAUACACAUGAACAUAUUCGGGUUGGAACCCGUCGCGAAAUUCGGGACCGACGAGCAAAGGGAGAGGUGGCUGAGACCCUUGAUCGCUGGUCGUGAACGAGCAUGCUUUGGGGUUACUGAGCCGAAUACUGGCCUUGAUACCCUGAAACUGCAAGCGACUGCACGCAGAUCGGGGGACGAGUAUGUGCUGUCCGGGCAGAAGAUCUGGAUCUCAACCGCGCAGAGGGCCGACAAGAUUUUGAUUCUUGUACGCACGACACCACUCGAUCAGGCUCGCAAGCCUUCCCAAGGCCUUUCGCUUUUCUAUACGGAUUUACAGGUCCCUCAAGUUGAGAUCACGGAGAUUCCUAAAAUGGGGCGGGGAGCUAUCGACACCAAUACCUUGUUCUUUGAUGAUUGGCGCGUACCAGUAUGCGAUCGCGUUGGGGCGGAAGACGAAGGAUUUCGUAUGAUUCUGCAUGGAAUGAACGCAGAACGGAUUUUGAUCGGAGCAGAGGCGCUUGGGCUCGGGUUUGCCGCUCUGCGUCGCGCCGCUCUGUAUGCCGGGGAUCGAGUCGUAUUUGGUCGCCCUAUUGGUCAAAACCAAGGCAUUCAACAUCCACUGGCUGACAGCUGGAUGAAGCUGGAGGCGGCACGUAUGAUGAUUUACCAGGCUGCUCGUCUCUACGAUCAAGGAUACACCGGUGGAGAAUAUGCAAAUGCUGGGAAAUACCUCGCUGCGGAGGCUGCUUUUGAGGCUUGCGAAAGAGCUAUCCUUGCCCAUGGAGGCAUGGGAUACGCUAAAGAGUACCAUGUUGAGCGCUAUCUACGUGAGGUCUUUAUUCCUCGUAUCGCUCCAGUCAGCCGAGAGAUGGUUUUGAACUAUAUUGGAGAGCGGGUCCUUGGUCUUCCCAAGUCAUACUAG